AUGAGACAAACACAUGAGUAUACAUGGGGACAAAACCCAGCAGCCGGAGCAAGGGCGGAAAUGUUUAUGAAGCCAUCUGGGAUCAUCAGGAAAGAAAUCCAUACAAAUUACAAUGCUCUAGCUGGUACCAACACAUUCAGACAACCAAAUGAAGCAGUACAAUGGCUUUCACACAAAAAAUGCGGUCAUUCAAAAUUGGAGAAACUGGAAACUCCCUCAGAGCGUAUACAUCAACCCCUGCCUGUUGUCUGGAAGGAAUAUACGGAUGCGUUGGCGCAGGAUAUCAGCCCAGUAAACCUGGAUUCACACGGAACAGCUUACAUGCGUAACCAGUUACAUCCACAGAAGACACGACAACCCCCAGACAAGCUGAGGUAUCCGUUAGGACAACGUACCAUUAUGGAAUUAAUAGUUGCUCCAUGUUCAGAUAUCAUUAAAACGCCUUUGUACAAACUCAAAGGAGAAGAAGAGUAUGAAGUAGAUAAAUUUGUAGAUUGGGCAGCAGAAGACGGAAUCUGGAAGUACAGGGUCAGAUGGAAGGGAUAUGCGCCCCAUGAGGACACAUGGGAACCAGCCAAGGAUCUACAGUGUUGCAAGGACAAAUUGCGCAACUUCUUUGCUAAUUAUCUGGAUGCCCCAGCCGCCAAUGACCCAUCCCUGCAAAUGCGUGCAAAGUUAAAAGAGGCAAGAUGGUCAAACAACUCAGCAAGUCAAAAACUGCCUGCUUUGUCACUUUUCAAGCUCUCACUGCCAAAAUUUGCCCUGCUAAGCUCUUCUUGCGCUCCCCACUAUCCCAGCAUGCCCACUUUCAGCUCCAUCAAUGCCUUGGCCUACAACCCCUGCCUCUACAUUGAUUGCUACAUCAUGAACAACCCAGAGAAGAUGAGAGCACACCUAGACAGCUCUGCUGUCAUGACCUUCAUUGGCAUGACAUAA